CGGUCCCUUUUUCUCUGCGGCUCCGCGACGGAAGCACUUCAUUGGUCCGGGAGGCCAAGAUCAAAGCUGAACGAACAAGCAAGAUGGCUCACAGGCUGCUGGUACGUCGAAUCUGGACGUUCUCCGUCAAAGAUAUCCGCUGCCUCCCGACGUCAGCCGCCACCUCCUCUUCUUUCUCCACCUCCCUGCAGUCCGCCACAACCCGGGUCUCCUUCCUCUCCCCCGCACGCACUCUGCCCCGCGCUCUUCCUCACACCUCCCGCCGGGAAGUGUCCUUCAACGUUCAGGACAAUGAGGACUUCACAGAGAGGGUCAUCAACAGCGACCUGCCCGUGGUGGUCGACUUCCACGCACAGUGGUGCGGUCCCUGCAAGAUCCUCGGGCCGAGGUUGGAGAAGGCCGUCGCCAAACAGAAAGGCCGCGUCGCCAUGGCGAAAGUCGACAUCGACGAUCACACAGAUCUGGCCAUAGAAUAUGGGGUAUCGGCUGUUCCAACAGUCAUCGCCAUGCGGGGAGGCGACGUCGUCGACCAUUUUGUGGGGAUCAAAGAUGACGAUGAGCUGGACUCAUUUGUCAGCAAAGUCAUUGGACAAUAAACCACCUGUCCCCCGCCCCGCUCGUGCAUACAUACACCACCAUUCUGCUGCUGUUUUUCUAUGAUUCUGGCACGGUCUGCAGCCCUUAGGCCGCCAUUUUGAGCCUGUUUAGCAACCUCCCUUAAAUAUACAAAACCUUGCCACAGUCCCAGCUGGCAAACUGUCAAAACGCUCACACCCAUCCCUAGGCACACUGCUUCAGCUGUGCAUUAUCGCUUGUGUCUCUCUUUCUCCCUCCGGUUCUUCUUUUCGUCCAGUGAUGGGUGUGUGCCUCCGCUAACCUUUUUAUUUCAUGCUGUACUCCAUUUUGCAGCGGUUCUAGUCUUUUUAAAUAAGUGAUGGCUCCGCAAAUCUGUUCGUACUAGAACCGCAAAGCUGGCGUGUAACCGUAUAAAAGUCUGUAGAAUGGAGAUAAACGCUGUACCGCACUUAUACUGUAUAACAUGAGGGAUGAAAGUUUUUUAGUUUUAGCAGCGGAGAGGAUUUAACUUAAAAGCCUGACGAUACUGAAUGAGGUAUGUGACAGUGUUAACCUGUAGUUCCUGCUUCUGUCCACAAGAGGGUGGCGUUUCUCUAACAUCGCAGAGCCACACAUGGUCAUUUUACACCAUUAUGCCUAAUAAUGUGAGAAUGAAAAAUACAUGUUUGUAUGUGUGUGUGUGUCUUUCUCUGUGUAUGUGUGUGUGUGUCUCUGGGUUCUGACUGUGAAAGUCAAGUGGGAAUUGCAAAUAUGAGUUUGAUUUAGUUUAUUACUAAGAGGAACUCUAUGUACCAGAAACAUGACCAAGUGAAGAAAUAAAGGAGUCAAAAUAUG